AUGAAUGAUUCCAAUAUAGCUAGUGAAUGUUCAGAACAUAAACUGCUACCAUAUUUAGCGGCAAUAUGUCCAUAUGGUUCAUCGAAUAAUAUACAGGGUUGUAAUGAUUUUCGAAUACUUCUGUUUUUUCUUAAGGCUGAUUGUUAUAUAAGCCAAGUAUUUCAUCCAAUAAUUCGAACACUGAUAGUGAUUGGUACCAUAUUGAAUUUAUUUUCUUUAUAUUGCUUUUUGAAAAUGAAUAAACGUAAUUCACAAAACGUUUAUUUAUCAGUAUUAUCAUUAGGUGAUACUAUUAAUCUACAAAUUAAUUUUACCUUACCAAUGUUAAGACAGAAUGAAAGAUUUGAUAACUACUUCAGAAGUUCAACAGUUUUAUGUCGUAUAGCUGGUGUAUUAGCAGAGUUUUUUUUAAUAUUUCCAACAUGGAUUGUUGUUUUAUUAACUAUGGAACGUUUAAUAUGUAUUUCAUGGCCAUUGAAACGUCGUUCAUCAUACACACAAACCCGAGCAAAAACAUCUAUACUUAUUUUGGCAACACUUGUACUAUUAUUAAGUAUCUAUCGUUUAUUUGAUUUAAAAGGUAUUGACCAAGCUAGUGUAUUUUCUGUUCUUGCUUGUAAUGGAAGCUAUAUAUCUGUGGAUUUUAUGAGAGAUUUAAAUCUAAUGAUAUGGACUAUUGUACCUGAAUGUUUUACAUUAAUAAUGAGUUUAAUUAUAAUCUAUCAAAUCAAAUUAGCUACACAAAAAUUUCAACCAAAUUAUUCUAAAGCUCGUCAAUUGAAAUACAAUCAGGCCACAAAAACAGUUUUAUUAAUAUCAAUUUUAUUUCUUUGUUUUCAUACACCAACGGGAAUUUUAAUUGCUUUAGAUUUAUUUUAUGGACGUGAUGACAAAACAUUGGGUAUUGUGAUAAUUCUUGUUUCAAGAAAAUUGACCAUUGUUCUUUAUGAAAUAAGUUUAUGUUGUAAAUUCUUUAUCUAUAAUCAAACUUUUCGAAAUUUUAAAGGAAUUUUGCACACAUCUAUUUUUCGUUUUACUCGUCGAACAAAUUCAGCUAAAUUAGGUAGACCUGUUCUGGCUAAUUCGCAUGAACAUCCACAACGUCGAACAAUUCAUUUUGGUCCAAAAAAACAAUCAAUUACAUCUCCGAUUAGUCAAACUGAUUCGUUGAUGAAAAACGUUGAAGAACAUCAUAACAUCGUCAAAACUCAUCCUCUACAAACUCGCCCAACCAGUCUAUCAAGAAUCAAUCGAGAACAACAUCAAACAAUGACUGUUAUUAUAAAUAAAACACAUGAACCGAUGCAUGUCUCAUUAUCACGAACAUCUGAUCUGUUGAAACAAUAUUCAAUAGAUAAACGUCGACCAUUAAUACUAACAGGGUCACAAAUAGCAUUAUAA